AUGUGCCUUGUAUUUGGGUUGGUGAUUCCAACUAAGUUCAAAACUCCAGAUUUCGACAAAUACAAGGGGCAUACUUGCCCAAAAAUCCAUCUUAUCAUGUAUUACCGUAAAGUGGCUGCUCAUGUGGAAGAUGACAAGCUGAUGAUCCACUGUUUCCAAGAUAGCUUGAGUGGGGCUCCUUCCAAAUGGUAUUUAAGUUUGGAUCAAAGUAGGAUCAGAUGCUUCCAAGACCUAUUAGACGCCUUCAUCAAACACUACAAAUACAACAUGGACAAGGAUCCUGAUAGAAGACAGCUGCAAUGCAUGUUCCAGUAUGACAAAGAGUCCUUCAAGGAAUAUGCUCAGAGAUGGAGGGAAUUGGCAUCUCAAGUUGAACCACCUCUUGCCGAAAAGGAACUUGCUGAACUAUUCAUUGACACUGUUCAACCCCAAUUCUAUGAGAAGAUGGUUGGAAUCACUUCUUUGGGUUUCUCUGAGCUUGUUGCUAUAGGAGCUCGUGUUGAAUAUGGCUUAACAAAUGGUAAACUUGUAGCUGUAGAUGGAACUUCAAGUGUUAAUCCGAAGAAGUUCUCUGGAGGGUUUCCCCAAAAAAAGGAAGGUGAAACCAAUGAUGUGUCUAUUGGCCAAGGAAGAGCUCCUCCAAGAAGAAGACAACAACAAUAUUCACAAAAACAUUAUGUUCAACAACCUUUUCCAUAUCAACAACCUAUAUAUCCCGUUCAGUAUGCCCCACAACCGUACAUAGAUAAUGUGAUGCCCGCCUUCAACCAACAACCUGCUCAAGCUUAUCAACCACCUCCAGUUUAUCGACCAGCUCCAGUUCAACAACGUGCUCCUGCUCCCCCGAUUUAUCAACAAGCACCAGCAUCUCCCGCUUAUCAAUAA